AUGAAAGAGGAGCUUCUAGAGACCGACGAUCUAGCGGAAUAUAAAGAAGCCCACAAAAAAAACUACGAACAAAGACUCAUAAGGGAAAAGGAACUCUUAGAGAAGGAACUCCUGAAAAAGGAACAAGCUUAUAAGCAGCUGAAAAUUGAAAGAGACAGGGAAUACUCAAUUCAAUAUUACCACGAAAUAAAUAGUCUACAUCGAGUAAACACCGUUAGCACCGAUGAUGGAUCACCUAUGCUGAGCAACUACACAGAGAGGUUAAUAAGUUCUUCUCAUUACACGUACAUGUCGGAUGGCGCACCACGUGGCAUCUUGGACGAUGACUCAAGGGUGUCCUUUUCUCGAAGGAUGCAGGAUUUCUUUCCGAGCAGUGACAUGAGGCCAUACUUUCGAUGCAGCAGAGUUCAAAUCGUUUUCAACGUGAUUCUCUUCAUUAUGGUUAUUACGUUUAUUGUUACUUUCGCCUUCUUAUGA